CUUCCCGGAUAUGUUCUGAUGUCAACACUGGAGCCAGCGAGCCAGCAGCCGUGCCUCUGCUGCAGGAAGUAGCGAGCAGAUCCGAGUCUGCGCAGUGAGAACGAAUCAUGAAAACGGAGCUUAGUAAGAAAACCCGAGUAACAACCACAACCUGUUGACACAAACCCCACCGGUACCGGUUUGUUGUUUAAAAAAAACCGGUGGAGAUGAGAGCCGUUCUAGCGUGGAAAGAAACGAUUCGUGAACAAUGUAUUUAUGACCUUGCCUUCAAGCCAGAUGGCACCCAGCUCAUCAUCGCUGCAGGGCUCCGUGUCCUCGUUUAUGACGUAGCCGAUGGAGCCAUUAUCCAGCCUUUAAAAGGACACAAAGACAUCGUGUACUGCGUGGCCUAUGCUAAAGAUGGUAAAAGGUUUGCCUCGGGGUCAGCUGACAAAAGCAUCAUCAUCUGGACUUCUAAACUGGAGGGUAUUUUGAGAUACACUCACAAUGACUCUAUCCAGUGCAUUGCCUACAACCCUGUCACUCACCAACUUGCCUCCUGUUCUUCUGGUGACUUUGGUCUCUGGUCCCCGGAGCAAAAAUCUGUGAACAAACAUAAAGUGAGCAGCAAAAUAACAUGUUGUGGGUGGACAAACGACGGGCAGUACCUCGCCCUCGGCAUGAUGAACGGAGUGGUGAGCAUUCGGAACAAGAACGGAGAGGAGAAGGUGAAGAUCGAGCGUCCAGGAGGCUCCUCUUCUCCUGUCUGGUCCAUAGCCUGGAACCCCUCCAAGGAUGAGCACAAUGACAUUCUGGCUGUGGCAGACUGGGGUCAGAAGCUGUCCUUCUAUCAGCUCAGUGGAAAGCAGAUUGGAAAAGACAGGACUCUCACCUAUGACCCUUGUUGCGUCAGCUACUUCUCCAAGGGCGAGUAUAUAGUCAUGGGGGGCUCCGAUAAACAGGCGUCCCUCUACACUAAAGACGGCGUGCGGCUUAGCACCAUUGGAGAGCAGAACGCCUGGGUGUGGACGUGCCGGGUUAAGCCUGACUCCAACUUUGUGGUGUUGGCCUGCCAGGAUGGGACCAUCGCCUGCUACCAACUUAUCUUCAGUACAGUUCACGGCCUCUACAAGGAUCGCUACGCUUAUAGGGACAGCAUGACUGAUGUCAUUGUCCAGCACCUCAUCACUGAACAAAAAGUACGGAUAAAGUGCCGUGAGCUGGUGAAGAAGAUCGCCAUCUACAGAAACCGCCUUGCGAUCCAGCUGCCCGAGAAGAUCCUCAUCUAUGAGCUCUACUCGGACGACUCCUCAGACAUGCACUACCGGAUCAAGGAGAAGAUUUGCAGGAAGUUUGAAUGCAACCUGCUGGUGGUCUGUUCCCAGCACAUCAUCCUGUGUCAGGAGAAGAGGCUCCAGUGUCUGUCCUUCACCAGCGUCAAGGAAAAAGAAUGGGUGAUGGAGUCUCUAAUUCGCUACAUCAAAGUGAUUGGUGGUUCGCCGGGCAGAGAGGGCCUAUUAGUAGGCCUAAAGAAUGGUGCUAUCCUGAAGAUAUUCGUCGACAACCUGUUUCCCAUCACGCUGCUGAAGCUGUCGACCUCGGUGCGCUGCCUGGACAUGAGCGCCUCCCGCAAUAAGCUGGCUGUGGUGGACGAGCACAACACUCUGCUGGUCUACGACAUCAACAGCAAAGAGCUGCUUUUUCAGGAGCCUAAUGCGAACAGCGUGGCCUGGAACACCCAGUGUGAGGACAUGCUGUGCUUCUCUGGCAACGGCUACCUCAACAUCAAGGCCAGCAACUUUCCCGUUCACCAGCAGAAGAUGCAGGGCUUCAUGGUCGGCUACAACGGCUCUAAGAUCUUCUGUCUCCACGUCUAUUCCAUGUCGGCUGUGGAGGUUCCUCAGUCGGCGCCGAUGUACCAGUACCUGGAGAGGAAGAUGUAUAAGGAGGCCUACCAGAUCGCCUGUCUAGGCGUGACCGACAGUGACUGGAGGGAUUUAGCCACAGAUGCCCUGGAGGGACUCGACUUUGACACCGCCAAGAAGGCCUUCAUUAGAAUCAGAGACCUGCGCUACCUGGAGCUCAUCAAUAGCAUCGAGGAGAGGAAGAAGCGGGGCGAGAACGACAAUGAGCUGUUCCUGGCAGACGUCUAUGCCUACCAGGGGAAAUUCCACGAGGCAGCCAAGCUCUACAAACGCACCGGCCACGAAUCCAGAGCCCUGAGCAUGUACACUGACCUGCGCAUGUUUGAGUACGCCAAGGAUUUCGUUGGAGCGACAGACCCAAAGAGCUCUCGGAUCCUGAUGACCAAGCAGGCAGACUGGGCUAAGAGCAGCAAGGAGCCCCGGGCAGCAGCGGAGAUGUACCUGUCAGCAGGAGAACAUCUCAAAGCCAUAGACAUCAUCGGGGAACACGGCUGGGAAGACAUGCUCAUCGACAUUGCUCGAAAGUUGGACAAGGCUGAACGCGAACCGUUGGCGAAGUGUGCGCUCCACUUCAAGAGGCUGAAGCACCACGGCUAUGCCUCAGAGACUUAUUCCAAGAUGGGGGACCUGCAGGCCCUCGUGCAGCUGCAUGUGGAAACCUGGCACUGGGAAGAGGCCUUCUCGCUAGCGGAGAAGCACCCCCAGUUCAGAAAUGACGUCUUUGUGCCUUACGCCCAGUGGUUGGCGGAGAACGACCGCUUUGAGGAGGCGCAAAAAGCAUUUCACAAGGCCGGCCGACAGAACGAAGCCGUUAAAGUCCUGGAGCAGCUUACCCACAAUGCAGUGGUGGAGAACAGGUUCAACGAUGCAGGCUACUAUUACUGGAUGCUGUCUAUGCAGUGUCUGGACAUCGCCAGAGAAAGCGAAGACCAGAAGGACGAAAUGCUGAAGAAGUUUGAGCGUUUUCAGCAUCUUGCAGAGUUCUACCACGUCUAUCGCUCCAUUCAGCGCUACACGGAUGAGCCCUUCAGUUCCCACAUGCCAGAGACGCUCUUCAACAUCUGCAGGUUCCUUCUGAACAACCUCACCAAGGACAUACCGCCAGGCAUCUCUAAAGUUAACACCUUGUAUGCGUUGGCCAAGCAGAGUCGAAGGCUGGGUGCGUAUAAACUUGCCAGGUAUUCCUACGAGAAACUCCAGGAGCUGCACGUUCCCUCUCGCUUCCAGGAGUCCAUAGAGCUGGGCAGCCUCAACAUCCGCUCCAAACCGUUUCACGACAGCGAGGACCUGAUUGAGGGCAUGAUGUGCUACCGCUGCUCCACCAACAACCCCCUGCUAAACAACCAGGGGAGCGUGUGCAUCAACUGCAGGCAGCCUUUCAUCUACUCGGCCUCCUCAUAUGAGGUGUUGCCUCUGGUGCAGUUCUACCUGGAGGAGGGCAUAAGUGACGAGGAGGCCGUGUCUCUGAUUGACUUGGAAGUUCCCCACACGGAUCACAGGGAUGCUCGCUGGCAGGAUAUGGACAACGGCGAGCUGCAGGCUUUGAGGAUGGAUGACGGUUUGGAUGAUGCAGAGGAAGACCCAUUUACAGCCAAAAUGAGCUUCGAGCAGGGGGGCUCCACCUUUGUCCCCGUCAAGGUGAGUCGCCUGGUGCUGCGCUCCAUGAGCAGGAGGGACGUCCUGAUCAAACGCUGGCCCAGGCCGCUCAAAUGGGAAUACUUCCGCUCCCUGCUGCCCGACGUGAGCAUCACCAUGUGCCCCACCUGCUUCAAGAUGUUUCACAGUGAGGAUUAUGAGCUCCUGAUGCUUCAGCACAACUGCUGUCCUUAUUGUCGCAGACCCAUCGACGAACAGAACUGAUCUACUUAAAACGAGAGAAACCAUUUCCAUUUUGGUCCUUUCCUCUUCGUCCUUUUUGUCAUUAUUCUUUUGUAUUGUAAUAUAUUUGUCGCUGUGAUGUACACGGACAUCUGUUUAUCUUCCGGUUAAUGUGAAUGUGUUGCUUUUCCUCGAGCUCCGUCUUAAGAUCAGCUCUUUGUCCUCCGAGGAUGACUGAAGUAAUACCUGUAGUGUGUGUGUGUGUAUGUGUGUGUCGGUCAUUAGUAUAGUGUAAGAAAAGUGCACCAUCAGCCAAUCGACCCAAUUGGGUGGAUUGGCUCAGAUUACCUUGACCUGUCACUGAUUACAUCAUCAGUUUAAAAGGAACAUGGCUGAACAAUGUAAAAAAAUUACUAUAAAAAUCAUUUUAUUUAAGACUAUUUUAACCUAUAAAACAUGUAUUUGCUGUGUAGAGGACAAGAUGCUUAUGAGCUGAAGCUGUUCUGUAUGUUUUACAACAGUACGGGACACGUCAUCUGAUGUUUGGUCGUAAAAAUGUAUUUUUGAUAUUGUUACAAAGGGAAAAAAAAACCUUUUCAAUAAAAUAUUUUGGUACUUUUUAUUGCAGAGGCCUUUCAUAAUGAUGUUGUAAAGACGGUAAUAUUAACUUCCUUUUCUUUCAGACUGAACUACAGGUUUUGUGUGCGAGAGAGUGCAUGCUAUGAGCAGCAUGCCCCACUGACUCUGAUUACUCUAAAGGCUAUGAGUUGAGCUCUGCAUUAUGCAGCGGUUAGGGAUUAAGCUUUCACGGAUGCAAAUAAGAAAUUUAAUUUGUCGUUGGUCCACUCAAAAAAAAAAAACAACCGGUCGCUUCCGUCUGCGUUCGCUCCCACUCUCAUCUCAUUCUGAUGAUGCAUCGAUGCGCGUGACAGUAAUGAUGGGGUUUGGGUAGCCCGGGCUGUAACCCCCUCACCUUGAGAAUGCUUAACAUACCGCAUAGCUAUUUCUGGAGUUGUAAUGCUUUGUGUGAGAGAGGGAGACGGAGUGUCUUAAUUCCAUCUCUGCUAACACUUCGCUCCCUGCGAGUCCCUAAUCCGACCAGCCUGUUAAAAGGUGCUGCAUCGCUUCAGGGGGCUCCAGAGCACAUCUCACUUCCAAAAGAUCCAUCCCCUCCAGCUGUCCUCUCGCUCCUCCAUUCGCACUACGGCUACACUAUAAGACCCACUCGCUGUAUUUCCCCUUUUAGAAGAUUCACAGAUUGUUGUAUCUACUGCUAAGGUCUCAGAGGAAGAAAAAAAAAAA